GGCCCUCCCCGUCCUGUGGCCUGAAAUGGGGAACACGUUGGGCCUGGCUCCGCUGGCGGCUUUGCCCCGCCGGAGCCCCCGUCGAGAGGAACCCCUGCCCAACCCCGGGAGCUUCGAUGAGCUGCACCGCCUGUGCAAAGAUGUCUUCCCAGGACAGAUGGAGGGCGUGAAGCUCGUGGUCAACAAGGUUCUGAGCAGCCAUUUCCAGGUGGCUCACACUGUGCACCUGAGCGCGCUGGGCCUGCCUGGCUACCACCUCCACGCGGCCUAUGCAGGGGACUGGCAACUCAGCCCCACUGAGGUUUUCCCCACUGUGGUAGGUGACUGGGACAGCAGCGGCAGCCUCAACGCCCAGGUCCUGCUCCUCUUGGCAGAGCGGCUCCGCGCCAAGGCUGUCUUCCAGACGCAGCAGUCCAAGUUCCUGACCUGGCAGUUUGACGGCGAGUACCGGGGAGAUGACUACACAGCGACUCUGACCCUCGGAAAUCCUGACUUGAUUGGGGAAUCGGUGAUCCUGGUCGCUCACUUCCUGCAGAGCCUCACACGCCGGCUGGUGUUGGGAGGAGAGCUAGUGUAUCACCGGCGGCCAGGCGAGGAGGGGGCCAUCUUGACACUGGCGGGGAAGUACUCCGCUGUGCACUGGGUAGCUACGUUGAAUGUGGGAUCAGGUGGGGCCCAUGCCAGUUAUUACCACAGGGCAAAUGAGCAGGUUCAGGUUGGUGUGGAGUUUGAGGCAAACACCAGGCUACAAGACACAACCUUCUCCUUUGGUUACCACCUGACUCUGCCGCAGGCCAACAUGGUGUUUAGAGGCGUGGUGGACAGUAACUGGUGUGUGGGCGCUGUGCUGGAGAAGAAGAUGCCCCCGCUGCCCGUCACCCUCGCCCUGGGGGCCUUCCUCAACCACUGGCGCAACAGGUUCCACUGUGGCUUCAGCAUCACUGUGGGCUGAGGCGCCCGAGCCCCCACGGCAGCUGCAGCCUCUGAGUUAGGUGCUCGGGGCCAGAGACUGGGCCUUCUCUGGAGCCCACCUGGCUGGGUGACCUCGUGGUCCCAGGAGCAGAGUGGGGGAUGGGGCCGUGCCCUCGCUGAUGAGACGGUGGUCUAAGGACCACCUCUGUCCCCCCCCGCCCCCCCGCCCCCCCCCGCCACGCACGCCGUCUGUCCUGCUGCGUCUGUCCUGCUGCGGCUCUGGCCUAAGGGAGAAGGGGCAGGGGCCUGUCUGGCUGAGUUGUCCUCCUCAUGCUCCCCCUUCUGCAUUUCCCGGUGGAUUAAAGCUCCUCACCUCUUCCUCUUCAGAGCAGGAAUGUCUGCAUGGGAUAGCGCCAUCCUGUUUGCCACCCCAGAGCCUCAGGCUGGGAGAGAACUUUGACCUCAGAAAGUGGGGCCACCUGUUCCCAGAGGAGCUCCUCUCCCGUUUCCUGCUUCCAGAGAACACUGCCCACGCCACGCCGUGACCGCACGAGGGGCGGCGAGUGCUGCAGGCUCUGGGGACCAAACUCCCUUUCCUCCGGCCCCACCUUUGGGCCCAGCGCCGGCCCUCAAGGCCAGUGUGUCGGGCCAGGUGGUGCUGGCAGCUGCAGACCCUGGACCAGAGGCGCAGCGCAGCCUGCAGGUGCUGGGUUUGUCUGUGCACCUUGUUAAUGCUCCGGAUCAGCCUGGAGCCCAGCAGCUUCACAUACAGAAGCCUUUGGAGGAGGAGGGAGCGGGGCCCGGGGAAAGGAGGGAGAUGUGGCAGCUGAGCGUCUGAGGCCCCGAGCCCGGUCCGAGCAGCCCGCCGGCAUGAGGCUCGCCGGGCCCCCGGGGUGACAGACCUCGCCAAGGUCCCAGGGUCCCCAGCGCCUCCGCCUGGCAGUCUCCCGCUGUUUCUCUUGAACCCCAAGCUCUGAGGCCCUGAGUGAAGAAAGCCCCAGAAUUGGCUAGAACUUCAACUAUGAGGAAUCUGAGGGUCCGGCCUUCUCAGCAGCUUCUAAAAGGCAGGAGUGUUCUGUGGCCGGGGGCAUCCCAGGUCGGCCGGUGGAGUGAGCAGAACAGAAGGGGAGGCACCUCAGAGCUGGGGGCGAGCUGUGGAGCCAGGGCUUUGCCAGGAAGCUGUGUGCAAGCAAAACUUGGAAUGAAAAUGGAAGGAUGGGCCAGUGAGGAGGAGGGGAGAGGCCCGGGAAAGAGGGGCUGCCACUGCCGUGAGGCUGCUGCUGUCUGGAGAGGUUGACGGGUGCGGUGUGGAUGUCCUCGGGCUCAGGAAUGCUGAUGCAGAGCCUGUGAGCAACCGCUUUGCGUCUCUACUGAACCAAAAGGCUGCGGCGAGUGAACUGAGGCAGCGGCAGGAGCGGUGGGCACCGCACUGCAUGAGAGGAAGGGAGUGCAGGCCCCGCGGGCUUCGGUGCCCCCAGGAGAGACUGAGAAGCAUCUGCGCUGAGCUAAGCUCCCUUCCUCCCUCCCUCCCUGGUGCAGCCACCAUGCCUGUCCCUGUACCGACGGGGCCCUGGCCGCUGUUCUGUGAUGUAGCUACGGAGCCCACCCUCUCCUGCAGCUGGUCAGUCUCCCUCUGGAGACCUGGGCCGGUCUGUAAGAGGGAGCAGGAAGGAUGCGGGGGUAGGGGGGCUGUACAGGGCCCAGGAGCCCCAGGCUGGAGGAGAUGCAUUCUGCAGAUUGGAGGAGGGACGGAUUGGAGGAGCUGGGAGUUUGACAGAGGUGUUGGGAGGAAGCUUCUGGGUUUUGGGGGAGCUCACCAGGCGAGAAGUGGGCCAGGCAGCCGCGAGCACACUCAGGCUCCUGGAGCUGCGGCCGCCACAGUGUCCUAUGGACGUGAAAGAGCAGCUCCAAAAACUCUUUCUGGAACCCCAGACCAGCCUUCAGAGCCUUUGGUCCUCUGGCCUCGGCCAUGCCACAAGGACGAGGACACGUGCCCUGUGCUGUCCUACCAGCACCUCACCAGGAGCUCCGUCUUCUCGGGUAGCAGAGGCCACCGAGGAAUCUGUUUGGAGAUGACAGAUCUCGAAGCUGCCCCUUGAGGAGGGAGUCCGGGCCCUCCACGGGCUGGGCCUGUGGGGCUCGGGACACAGGGCACUUCACACUCGAGUCUGAACUGCGGAGAACUCCCGCUCCGACAGGCACAAACCAGGGGUGGUGAUUCCAGACGUGGCGCUCGCGAAGGCCGGCGGUCAGUUGCCAGUGGCUUUUUGUGCUGUUCCCUUUCCCUUGGCGGUGGUGGGCAGUGUCAUUGACUGCGGUGCUUUCUUCCUGAGAGGGGAGGGAGGCCACACACGGGAGCGGGCAGGGCCUGGUGACCUUGAUGACUGGCUGUGCCAUGAACGUGUUGAUGUCGGCAAAGUGCGUACGCAGAGGCAGCACAAGGAGUGGGCCGGCGAGCACGGGGUGGGCGGACAGAGGAGCUGGAGGCCGCAGAGAUCAGAGCUGAGGGAGGCCCAGGCCCAGCGUUCUCCGGUCCCUCCAGCCUUGGAAGGCUUCCUGGCUGAGGAGCUGGCCUCUUCGGGGUCCCGGAGAAGUCCUGGCCUCGGGAUUGUAGUGACACGCAGCCCCGCCCUCAGGCUGUCCUCCUGGUUACCCUGUUGGUCCCAUUCCAGCCCCAGUCCUGUGAGUGCUCACCCUGAACUGCACAGAUUGGUCCAACAGGUGCCCACGUGGCGGGUGGGCCCCAGGCGCGUCUGGACGACUCCGCCCUCACUCAGCUGCCCGGGUGCUCUCUGUGCCGGCCUGGCCUGCAGGCAGGAUCACUGUGCCCGCCAGAGACGCCACACAGCUCCACAUCAGCAGAGAGCACCUCCCUGCCGGCUGUGGUCUGGGCCCGGCCACCCUCACAGCAAAGGGCGUGGGAGGGAGUCCGGAGGCUGUGGCUGGGGGUGUCCUGUCCACCUUCUCCAGCCUGUGGGCACUGGCGGAGAGCAGGGCACUGUGGUGGGGACAGGCUAUGUUUGGCUGCUGAGUUGAAGCCAAACUCAACUCAGGGCAGGGGAGUUGAAGAGUUGGCUCUUGAUACCUAAAGCAUCGCCUUAUAUCUGUACAGCAUUAUGGUCUCAAAGGCUCUGCGGCCACACCUGAUGGGAUGAAACAUCCCUACGGGUAGAUGGAGGAUCUGUUGUCCACAGGUGUUGUAUCCAUACUUUUCAGAAGUGUAAACAGGCUGAGAUUCAAGGUCACAAGAUAGUUAAGUGAUGUAGAUUGAAUUCAAAUCAAGGUUGUUUGACUUCUCCAGUUCCCACGGCUCACAUGGAAAAAUAGUGUGACGUCAUGGAAACAGCAAGAGUUUGGAAAUCAGACAGGCAAGUCUGAACACUGGCUCUACAGCUUUUUAGCUGAGUGACCUUGGGCAUGCUGACUGCGUGAGCCCCUGUUACAUUACGUUGGGAGCAUAGCCUCAUAACCUGGACACAGAAAGAGCAUCAUGUGAUUAACUCAACAAUUACCAACUACCUGCUGUGUGGCAGGCACUGCACCUGAGAGAAGAGGAAGCCAGCCAAGGCACCAUGAGCUUCUGGGAGAGGGGCGGCCAGGCACGCGCAGAGCUCCGAGGGGUGCCGGGCGUGUCUGAGGGUGGUGCCACCGCCGUGUGCCUGGGGUGCACUGAGCAAGGGGGACAGAGCCACGAAGGUGGCCUGGGGAGCGAGGCCAUGAGAUCAUGGACUGGAAGGCACCUGCGAAGCCACCACGCGCUCCCGCUCCGGUGUGCCCGGCGGCGCCGGCUGAUCUGGCCACCUGGUCCGCGGGGCCCCGGGCGCAGGCCGCGUUCAGGGCGACGUCGUCGGCGCCAUCGUGGGCGAACUGCCCAGAAGCGCGCAGGAGGCGCCCGUCGGGUCCAGGUCGCAGCCAGACGUCCCUGGGAGGUGGGGCCGGACUCGCUCUGGUUGUAGCCGAGGGCGUCUGCGGGGUCCCGAGCGGGUUCCCAAGCUGCGCCCCUCCCGCGGCUCCACCUCGGGCCGGCCGCCGGGCUGUGGAGGCCUCCCCGCGGGGCGGGAACAUCGCAGGCAGGCAGCGGGGCGCCCAGAGCAGCGGGAGGGGAUCCGGAGGGUCUGGGGAGAAUGGGUUCCACUAGCUGGUGAGCUGCGAGGAGCUCAUGUCUCCUGCUGUUCCGAGUGGCGUCGUGUAUGGGCUCCCACGGGUUCCAACCAGGCGGCUGCGCGCCCGGCGUCUGUAGGUUAAUGUUUGUGCUGUUGCUGGAACGUCCCGCCUGCUGCUCACAAUAAAGGCAGAUGUGUGACCGUCAAAAAAGAAAAAAAAGAAAGAAAACAGAGUAAGAUGCUCUGGGUCCUCAAGGAGUUUAAACAUGCUGGGGCCGGGGGACAGCUUCAGUAGAUGUAAGGAACUUAGGGGGUCCCGAGGCCCGCCUGGCAGGGGUGUGAGGAGGGGGCAGGGAGGACGCCCCGGAGGAGUGACUGCCGAGCUGAUCUUCAUAAGGAAAGGAGGAGUGGCCAGUUCAGGCAGAGGGUUCAACCUGAGAAGGUCAAGAAGCCAGACACAGAAAAGUAGACAUGAUAGCACCACAGACAGGUCUCCUGCAGGAGUGUAAUGUCUCCUGCAGGGAGGGCGGGAGACGACGGAGGAGAUGGGGCUGAGGUGACAUCCCUCUGACAGCCCGGGAGCCCUCGGGGGAUUUGCAUGUUUCUCUUUUAUUAGAUUAGAUCAUGGUGUGUUUUUUCUUGCCAUCAUUAACCAUAGUAACUGUUGCUUAUGUAUUAAAGUUCUAUUCCUGCUAAGUCUAGAAGCAGCCUCAGAAUCCUUCUCACCAUUCAUCUUAAGUCUGAUGUUUAGUUGAUCAGAAUUAAUAUCUGAGGUGAAGCCUCUUACUGCAGAUGUAUCCCAGAAUGUGUGGCAUCCUCUCUGCUUUGUGAUCCAGCUAAUAAUACAUUGCCUCAAUCAUGUUGAUUGCGGUCAUUUUCCCCUUGCAGUUUCUAAUAGAUUACCAUCUACUGCUUAGGCAGUAAAAUUGACUGUCUCCAUGUAGAUCGAAAAAUAAGGCAUUUUUCUCAUCAAUAAAAUUUCAUUCUUUCA